AUGGCCGCCGCCAAUCCAUCCCCCGACGCGUUUUAUGUGCGCUAUUACUCCGGUCACUCAGGUCGCUUCGGUCACGAAUUUCUCGAAUUUGAUUUCCGAGUCGUCGGCGAUGGCCGGUCGGCAGUGGCACGAUAUGCGAACAAUUCCAACUACCGCAAUGAUUCCCUGAUUCGAAAGGAGAUGUGCGUCAGUACCGUUCUGGUGCAGGAAAUCAAGCGCAUCAUCAAGGACAGCGAGAUUAUGAAGGAAGACGACACGAAAUGGCCACAGAAGAACAAGGACGGCAGACAAGAACUGGAAAUUCGGUUGGGUGGAGAGCACAUUUCCUUUGAGACCGCCAAGAUUGGAUCUCUGGUCGACGUGAACGAGUCAGAAGACCCCGAGGGACUGCGCGUCUUCUACUACCUCGUCCAAGACUUGAAGGCAUUGGUCUUUUCGUUAAUCUCCCUCCACUUCAAGAUCAAGCCAAUAUGA